AUGAGUCGCAAUCAGUUUCGGAAGGGUGGUCGUAAGCGGGGGCGUAAGGAGGACAAUUGGGCGGCCGAUGCGCGUGAUCUUUCCACUUUGACAAACGAUGCGUUUAUUAGUUAUUACAAGGGGCACGUUGUGGAAGAAGCGGAGUGGGAAGUGUUCAUGGAGGCCCUUCGCCGUGCACUACCCGUAGCUCUUCGUGUACAUCCAUCCGUUUCAAGUGCAGAGGCCGUUCUUGAGUAUCUGAAGUCCCGUCUGAGUAGUGUUUUGCCAAUAACUACCAUCCCUUUUAUUCCUGAUGGUGCCGCACUGCAGUGUCCCAUCUCUCGUGGGGACCUUAAACGUUCUGUAGAACUGAGGGAAUUAAAGAAGGUUAUUUCUGCAAUGAAUGAGGGUGGUUACCUCACACGUCAAGAGACAGUAAGUAUGCUGCCUCCAGUGUUACUGCAAGUUCGUCCAGGCCACCGUGUGCUAGACAUGUGCGCAGCGCCAGGAAGUAAGACUUCACAGAUUCUGGAAGCUCUUAUUCCCUCUAUGGAGGAUGGUGUGGUGGUGGCAAAUGACAUUAACACCUCGCGGCUUGAUGUUCUUCUUCAUCAGACGAACCGUUCAGCGGCUGCUCACUCGCAUUUGAUUGUGACAAGCUACGAUGCAACCCAAUUUCCUCUAUUACCGUCGGAGAGCAAGUUUGAUCGCGUGCUGUGCGAUGUGAUGUGCUCCGGUGACGGUACUUUAAGAAAGUCAAUGGAUAUGUGGCCCCGCUGGAAUGUUUUUCAGGGCGCUGAGCUUCACAACACUCAGAUUCGGGUACUGUUGCGUGGAAUGAUGCUUUGCAAGAAGGGUGGCAUUGUUGUAUACUCUACCUGCAGUCUAAACCCUGUGGAGGACGAGGCUGUUGUGUCGGAGUGCCUUCUCCAGGCUAAGGGUGCCUUUCGAUUAAUGGAUCCCACUUCGCUUGUGCCUGGUCUUGUGGCGGCACCAGGGUUGGACGAUUGGUCACUUCUCACAAAAGAUCUGAAAGCAAGGCUCCAUACAUUGCAGGAGGCCCAGGUGUUUGCUGAAACGAGUGCAAGCAAUGGAAUUUCUUACCGUGCCACCAUGUUUCCCAACAAAGCGCGAUUGCAGGAGCAAAAUAUACACUACACCCGACGUGUGUUGCCGCACUUUCAGGAUACAGGAGGGUUUUUUGUUGCUGUAAUGGAGUGCCUUGAGGAGUAUUCCGCUCCUACUGCGACUACCUCCUCUAAAAAGAGCGAGACGUUUAAGUCUGUUUCACCUGCGCUACAGAAGGAGGUGCGGGGUGCCUUGGGUCUUCCUGAGUUUUUUCCAACCGACCAGCUGCUUGUUCGAAAUGAAACAGCGCGUGAGCAGAAGAUUUAUUUUGCAAAUAAGGCGGUUUGUGAAAUUCUCCCGAGACUGGGACCCCGUGUUGUGCAUGUGGGAUCCAAGGUCUUUGAAUCCUACAUGAAGUACAGGAACGAUAAGCUUCGGUUUUGUUCUGACGGUGUCGGCGUACUGAUCCCUCGACUGCCUUCUUCAUUUGUUGUGGAGAUUGGCCCGGAGAUGCUGCUGCAACUCAGCCAGAGUAAGUUGGGGGAGUCAUUGCUUCCCCCUCUUCCACCACAUCACAGCUUCGUUUUUAAAUGCAACAUGGCUAUUGUUGGUGCGGUUUAUAUUGCAGCAGAGAGGGCGUGUCCGUGUCAAAUAUCUGCAAAGGUGGCUGAAUGGCAAGUCGCACUGACCAAGCUGACACUUGGGCAACCGCUGGUAGAGUGCAAUGAGGAGGCCGCCGCUGACACGGAUCGAGUGGGGGGUGAUAAAAACACGGAUUAA